GGGAGGGAGGGACGCCGCCCUUCUGCGCAUGCGCCCAGACUCCUUCAUUGAGAUGGAGAGAUGCCUUCCUUGGGAUAGUACAGGCAGGCAGCUCCAGGUUACGAACAAGAGCCGUUCUGUCAGUUGCAUUUGUACGCAAGUGGGAACAGGUAUACUUCUUAAGUCAAAUAUAUAUAUAUACAAUAUAUACACACUCAAUCUAUAUAUAUAAAAGAGUGAUGGCAUCACGGCGAUGGACAAAACAACAAAUCUACAGCCCCCCCAAACUCGAAAAUUGGCAACGCAAUCCAUCAUCCCCGCCUCCAGUAAGAUACAACACAAACAAACAAAAAACACAAUCACAACACCAAAAAAACACAACAGGCGAUGUGCGCAUGCGCACAAACACAAUCCUCCCAACUCUUCCCCCGCGUGCGCGUGCACACACAAAACCGUCCCCCCUCCCUCCCCCUCUAUCGCCGCCUCCACCGCCGAAGCCAGAGACUCGCCAGGAGAAGGCACAUCUCCGCCUCACGAGGCUGAGCUCCCCAUCCUCGAAUUGGGAGUUCCACUCCAAAACACCCGGAGGGCCUAUGCUGGCCCGCCCCUGGCCUCACAUCUCGCCUGGGAAACAAAAAAGGCUACUUUCCCCCUCCCUCAGUACCUUCCCGGUGUUUCGCGCCAACAAUGUGACCUCCGCUUGAGGCGCUUGGGAAAGCGAGUCCUGCCUCUCUCUGUGUGUGUGGAGGUUCCUUUCCCACCCCUUUUCCUUCCUCUCGGCCCUGCAGCGGCGGAUGAGCGCCCCAUCGCCCGCCUUCCCGGCCCCGUUCUCCCCCUCCUCCUCCUCGCCGCUGCUCAGGCCUCCUCCUAUCCUCCUCCGCGGGAAGAACAUGGAGGCCGGCACCGGGAAGCGCGAGGCGGGGAGGAAGCCGCUACGCCCCGGGCCUGCGCCUCCACCGGAGCCCGCUCUUCCCUGGUCUACCAGGCCUGCCAACCCACCACCACACCGGCGCCGCCUUCGGUAGGAGAGGGAGGGCCGGGAUGGAGGGGCAAAGGAGAAGGGCAGACCUUACCCCACCACGCCUCCCGCCUGGCCCCUGAGCAGAGUUGGAGGAUCAAUAGUUCUCACCAUCAUGCUUGGUGAUCCAAUAAGUGCGCAUCGUAUUUCAUUGAACCGAUAGCAUUCCCAGCACCAGCAUAACCUCUGCACUCAGAAGCAGCAAGCGGCAGAGUCUAUUGAAGCUAAUUCUCCACAGUUCUGAUUAAAAAGCAAUGCAACUCCUGGACAUUGACUAAAAAGCUGCUGAAAAGGGUAUUUCGCUUUCGUUUGUCUUGCAUAUUUUCUCCUAUCUGCAUGGAAGGGAAUAAAAAAGUUUUCCCUCUUCAUUAAAAAACCCAACUUUUAUCACUCACAUACCUACAAUGCAGUUUCAUACAAUGGAACAAAGUUCCAAGUGAAAGUACUUAUCUGCCAUUGAAGAAAAUGAUGAAACGAGCACAAAAUAACACAUAAACUGCAUUUGCAACACUGGAUUUAAAGGCGGCAACUAGCAAUCCUCCAGAGAACAUGAAGGUGGUUAAAGAGAGUGGAAAAAUAAGUUGACAACAGCCAACAUAACGAAAGAGGUCUCUUGAUCAUGAUUAAAUCUUAUUGCACCUUUCAACCUGUUUUAUUUGAAAAAGAGUGAUCUCUUUCCAUAGGUGCAUAUAUUACACAUAAUGCUUUUAUUCACAUUGUUGUCAGUGUGAUCAGAACAACACUGAAUGGAGAAAAUAACCAUUAGACUAUUAACACUGGCUGCAAUGUUUCAGCACUAACAUCUUAGCAAUAAGAAAGGCAGCUGACACAUGAUAAACAUCUGUUAUUUAUAAUCCAGGAAAGGUUAUGCUAAAAUAUGUUUGUUAGCCUUAAAGGUGCCACAAAACCCUUGAGAGUGUUGGUGUAAUUACACACUUCUUCCCAUUUCAACCUUGGAAGAAAACCUGCCCUUUCUCCCAACUGCAAUUAAGAUACACAGGGGUCACCGUGUUUUAUGUAGUUGCACAGGGUUUUCAGUUGUUUCAUUGGUUUUAACUAUGAAUUUUAAAAUAAGUCUUGUGUUUAAUCUGACUUUAAGGAUUCUAUGUGUUGGGGUUUCAAUGUACAUAUAUAUAUGCAAAUUAAAACCCCAAAGCAUUCUUCUCUUCCCUUUGGGAGAGAAGAAGCAGGGUAAUAAAACUAUGUAACACAAAUUGAAAGAUGUUCUGUUCCUGGUUUGAAAAUGUUAUUUCCUGUUUCAUUCUGCGGUCCUUACUUUGAAAGUAUUUCUCAUAUUCCAGAAACUUUGUUGUGUGUGUGUGUUUUUUUUGGUGGUUGCUGAAUUGUUUGAUACUCAUUGAGAUAUUCAUUGAAAAGCUAGAGCAAAAUGUGCUGCAGGAUGUCCUGCAAAAGCGAAGUUUUUGCAGUUUAAUAAACCUUUUCCAUGUUUUUAUGAUAGAACCAACGAGGAAAUGAUAUUUCUAACCUAGGGACAAAAAUUAUGUUACAUAAUGUAAUAAUAAUAAUAAUAGUAACAACAACAACAACAAUACACUUGUUUGGGUUCUUAGACAAAGAACUGUAUGAAAGCAUUAUGAUCUCCUGUAUAGGGGUUGCAACUUAGAGCAGCUGAAGAUGUGGGUGUUUAGCUUGGAUUUUAGGGAGCGGUAGUCUCUACAUUGGUGUUCCCUGCUUAAGUUUUAAUAAUGCUGUAUUUACUUGGUUUUACCUGGUUUUUAACUAUUCAGGUGCUAGUCCAUGCAGAAUCUUGUGUAGUAUUUUAAGGGUGUGUCUCGCCAUUGAUAUACAUAGAAUUUUAAUGAUUUAUAUAGGACUUUAAUGGUGUAUUUUAUAUUGUAUUUAAUAAUCUGAUUUUCAUGCAUUUCUUUGUUUGCCAUAUAUGUGAAAGACCUAUGGUCUAAACAUCAAAUAAAGCUUAACUUGAAUAUAUAGGAGCUCGUAAUACCUUCAUAAUCUGUAGAACAUAAAUCAAAUCAUUCUAGAAGAGUUUCAGCCUAUAAAUAGGAAGAUAAGAGCAAACUUCUUGUACACAAAGUCUACCAAGAAAACCCUGGCAUAGAUUUGCCUUGGGAUCACCAUAAGUCAAUUAUGACUUGAAGGCACCCAACUACAACAUGUCAGAAUUACUAGGAGGAAUUUUCUUUCAGAAAUCAGAAACUCUGAAUGGAGCAGGGUCAAUGCUUAUUCUUUCCUUCUUCAGUCUUUCUCCAUCUAGUUCUUCAUUUGGCUUUGUGUUUACUUUAUUUUUAUCUAACUUACUGCAUGAAGUGCCUGAUAUAUUAAAAACUGAAAUGUUAUUAGUAUAACUAUCUAUAAAAGACUGUCAUGGAACCAAGUCCCAGGGCUGAAUUUCCAAGCCCUGGACUUGGAGUCAUAACAUAAAUAACCCUGGAAGCACCUGGCAGAAGAAGAUAGAAUGAGCCUGGGAACUCGGGGUUGAAAGUAUAAACAAUUAUAAUUGGUAUAGUGUGUGGGAAUAGUAGAAAUGUGAUACAAGGGGUGGGGUUUGAUGAUGAUAUUUGCGUGUGGUGUUACGUUGCAUCAGAGGUGAUAAAAAUGAUUGUAUGUAAACAUUAGGUCAUUCUCGACUUUUCCAAAGUCAUGUAUUCUUCAAUAAAGAUUGGAUUUGAGAGCAGCUAUC